AUGAGUUAUAAUCAGAUCGAUCUACAGACUGGAAAGACUGUUGCCAAGUAUUGUGAUACACCAGAGUAUUUCGACAUCCUAUCCAUUCUUGACUGUACCACUGGUGGUAACUAUGGAGGAGAGUUCACAAUCUUUGCCAAGAUAAUGUGUGACAAGGCAAAAGUUGAAUAUUGUACUCAAGUGAUGACCUAUAACGCUGGACCAAACUCUUUGACCGCAGUGUCUGAAUUCAUUCAUGAGCCAAAUGAUUGGUAUUAUGAGCCAAUUGGUGAGGGACUUUAUGGAUACGAUCCAGUGACCAAGACUGUCUAUUAUCUUGCCAAGGAAGAGGAUUCCAAUGUCCUCGGUGUUAUUGCCGCCUCAGCAAGUGAAAUGACAUUCACUGCAUUCUCAACACCAUCAAAGUACAUCAAUGUUGGAUCAUUCUAUGAGGUUUCAAGUCAGACCUUCUAUGUUGCAGCUCUUGAGGAGAACUCUAGGAUCGUGUUGACAGAGUAUGAUGUGUCGACAAAGUCUGUCAAGCAAUCUCAAGUUACCCUGGGUGUUAAAGUCGACCCAUCAGAGGAAGGAUACUUCUCAAUCUUUGUCUAUGAGAACAUGUUGUACGCCAACUUGGUGUCGAGGAGCACCGACACCACCAAGGACUUCCCAUUGUGGAUUGGAUCAAUUGAUUUGGUCUCACUUGCUGUCACACCAAUCAUUCAAGAGUCUGGCGUUGCCGUCAACUACAUACCAUAUGCCAUGUAUCCAUUUGCCUUUGAGCCUGCCACUGGGUACCUCUCUGCCUAUGUCGAGACCAAGAACCACACCUACAAUCAACCCAAGUUGCUCUAUAUCGUCGACAUGUCCACUGGUCAAUUCACCAAGUCUGAUGUCCUAUUCAAACAUGACGCACAGAUCGUGAAUGGCGGUGAAGUCAUGUUGUCGCCCUUCUAG